UAUAUAACCCCCCAAUAGUCUCUGCAUUUUCAUUCAUCUCACAGACCCAUUCAGCCAUUAAUUCCUAUUUCGAAAUCGGUCUCCGUCGUCUUCUCUGUAAUUCCUGAUCUACCCACCAACAACGUACAUGGCUGAAACACUCCUGUUUCCAUCUCUGUUUGCUUCAACAAGGGAAGAGCAACACCUACCCUGUGCACUCAACCAAGCUGAACACAGAGGUCUUGAUCUAGGGCUAAGUCUGGGCUCCAUUGCCUACGACCCGUGGAUCAUCAAGAAGAAGUUGACGGUCAGCGACCUCGGAGAAUUGAGCAGGCUUUUGGUGCCCAAGAGUUUAACCCAGAAACAUGUUUUGCGGUUCAUGAACAAGAGCUUGAACGAAAGGGUCCACAGUAGCAAUGGGGAACUUGUCACCGUUUACGACUGUGACAUGAAAUCGAAGCAUGAGUUGGUCUUCAAAUACUGGCCGUCGUCAAAGAGUUACGUUUUGCAAGCAAACUGGAAGAAGGAGUUUGUGAAUGUGAGGAAAUUGAAGGAAGGUGAUCAAAUUGGGCUUUAUUGGGAUGCCCGGCGUUCCAUUUUCGUAUUUUCUCUUCUUAAACGAGCAGACUGAUUGAAGAUAGUCCUGUGGGAUGAAGGAAUUAUGCAUGGCACCAAAUGACCAUCUAUGUACAAAGAGAGAAACUGUUAGUUUUAGCUAGG